AUGCACUGCUUCGAAGCUUUGGACAUACCACUGGCUGCAAUGCCCGAUGAUGAUCUGCAAGAGCUAAGUAAGAAAUGCUGGAUUUCAACGGUUUUUCCAAAGUGCCGAGUUGGCCAACUACCAAGGGAUCUCAUAGUUCGAAUUCGUGAUUACAUCCAACGGAAUCUGACAAACGAUUACGACUCUCUCCAUGCUUUCAAUGGCAUACUCCGGAGAUUUGCCAUGAUGGAAAACCCGGUUGAGAAUAUACUAGGGGUUCCAAUCUUUCCCCAGGCCGCCUUCAGACAUUGGAGCCCGGAGAAGACCCAACUCAACAUUACAGAGAAACUUCUUUUUGGUCUGGACUGGAAUUCCGAAGCUAGCAUCCGCCGACACGUUCUUCCAAGCUGGACUUGGGCAGAGUGGAAACUGGAUCCGGAUCAUGAGGAUGUAUUCAAGAUGGAACUUUCAUAUAAAGAUGAUAGUGAUUUCUUCAGUUACGUGACCGACGAUGUCGAGUACAAUGCCGGCGGGUACCAUCCCGACUAUCUCUGGUGCAACACGUUUCCUCUCUCGACAAUAUCUUUUGAAUUCAAAGGCUCAGUCCUGCCCUGGGCGGAAGAACACGAAGAGAUCAUCAAGAAAGCUAGUUCUAACUCUCCACCAACCCAUGUUCAAAUCCACGAACGCCUCUUCGACGUGAACGAGAAAUAUCUCCCGAUGUCAUUAUAUAGUAUCGGCGACAAGCCAUCACUCGCCAUGCUCGGCGAGUUCUUCUUGACUAGCAGACAUUCCAAAUGCGUUGCUCUGAUACUCCGCGAGUGGCCUGAUAUGCCCGGUAUUCUUUUGGGGCAAAUAGAGGAUCCGGCGACGAAUGAACGCGUGGGCCAUUUCAAGUUUUAUGAGCACGAUGGACCACCGCAUGGGUCGUAUCCGUGGUACGAGUAUCCUGAAGAGAGGGGGGCCAUUGUGAGGUGGGAGGAUACACGGAUUGCAUAAGCAGGGCCGUACUCGAUUCCAACUAUACCCGCCACCGACACAUGAGCAGACUUUUCUUCUGCGCUGUGUCAAGAUAUUCGGUUCUUCAGUCAACGGAAUCGGUGCAUUCGUUUACCGAUGCUUAACGAGCUUCAUGUUUUUUCUUUUUUCAGUAUUACCGAAUGAGAGGGAAGUUCAACAUUUCGGACAACUAGUACACUCGUGAGGCUACCAGACACCGUUAGCAGGGCACACGCAGAUUAGAAGUGUAUCCGCUGUCUCAUACAAUGGAACCACACAGACAGUGGCAGGAAAGUGUACGGAUAUCUAUGGUAGGCAUUGUGCAGUCGAGUAGAUCAAUCAUCCAGCUCCG